UUGCAGUGAAUGAAUCAUUCAGAUUUUUGUGUUAAUGUAACUAAUUGAAUUUAAUACUAUUUUUUGCUGCUGUUUUAAUUGAAAUAAGGAAGAUUUCGGUGAGUGCAAGUAUUUGCACCUCUAAGGAGCACAAGCUAUCGGGAAGUUUCAAUUGGCAAGGAUGCAUCUGCUAUGGGUAAUUGUAAUAUCCGUUAUCUGCCUCGGAGAUCUGCCAUCGUCAUUUGCUCAAUGGGGCUCAGACUACCCCAGCCUGUCAACCCUUAUAGAGGAUUUGAAAUUUCUUGGAGGCGAGCUUGGCGAGUAUAAAGACAUGGUGCCUAGUGAGGUGGAACAACAAGUUUCAGCCCUGCGAGAUAUAGAUCAGUUCUGCCCGAAUUCAUUAGAUCUGGAAGACGUCCAAUUGCCUCGCGUCUUUGAUGCCAGGAAUCAAUGGAAGGAAUGUGCGGGACUGAUAGGAACACCAUGGGACCAAGGAAACUGUCGUAGCAGUAGUGUUCUUGCGGUUGCCUCAAUGGCUGCUGAUCGCCUGUGCAUUUCCUCAAACGGAACGGUCAAAUCCACGUUGUCGGCGCAGUAUUUGAUGGCAUGUAGCAGCGCAUGUGAAGUGAACGAGCUCUUAAGCACGCCUCUGGAGUUCAUGAAACAUACCGGAAUUCCGACAGGGAGUCCUUAUGCCUCUGACAACACAACUCGAUCAGGAUGUGUUCCCUAUGAGAUAAUGCCUUGCAAUCAUUCUAAUACUCCUGUAAAUCCAGAUGAAAUUUCUCUCGAACCAUGCGACUACAAUGACAAGUACAGUCCUUUAGAGUGUCCUGAAGAAUGUACUAAUCCUGUAUACCCUAAAAAGCUGGACGAAGAUUACUAUAAAUUCAAAUGUAUCUAUGAAAUUGAGGAAUACGAGGAAAAAAAGAUGAAAAAGGACAUUUUGAAGAACGGGCCGAUUGUAGCAGGAUUCGUUUUAUUUGAAGACUUCUUAGAUUAUAAAAAAGGGAUCUACCGUCACUAUGGAUACGGGCCCUACAUUCGAAUUCAGCACGUGAAAAUUAUCGGCUGGGGUGUGGAGAAAAAAGUUCCUUACUGGCUUGGAGUUAAUUUUUUCGGAGAUGCGUGGGGUAUGAAUGGCCUGUUCAAAUUCUUCCGAGGAAGAAACCACCUAUUUAUCGAGACAAUGGUAGCAGCUGGACGAUUUUGAUGGUCCUCUAGUUAGUAAAAUAUUUUAAAUGCUUACAAAACGGGUAUAUUCUUUUUCAAAGGCUCAGAAGAUUUUUAUAUAGUAUCACUUAAAUAAUUGUAAGUAUAACAUGACUUUCGAUCAGCUCCUGUUUUCCAUCAUAGAAAGAAAAUUUAUCAGAUUAUUUCAGCGGAUUCCAAGAGUCCUUUUGUGGUAAACAACUCGUCGCUAAGAAAGUAAAAACAUUUUUAUUUGUGCACUUACUUUUUAAUUCUUCAUACAUCUUUAUUAAACUCAUUCAAAAGUAAAAAUAGUCACCUCUCUUUAGAAAUGGUCACAGCCUAACAAACAAUUUAAGCACACAAUAUUUCAAGUCAAUGCUCAAUUACUAAAUUCGUGUAGGAACUUCCUGAGGUUUAAUUUCAUCCAUUGCUUCCGGCAAAACCGCGGACAAAUGUAAUGUGUAGGUACUGCAGUAAUCGUCAAACAUUCGACUAUUAUUUAGUCAAAUACAGUUUCUAGUCAUUUAUUUACCUACUUGAUGAUUUGAUGUUAGCGGUUUUGUGUUAUUUUUGUUCAAUACAAGUUGUUAUUGUCCAUUU